UUGGUGACGCCUGUGGUGGCGGGUGGUGGUGAAAGAGGGUUGGACUCUGGAGAGAAGAGGGGCUGAACUGUAAGCUGUUGGCAGGAGCUGAGGAGCUUUUACACACGGAUGAAACCAGAGCAGAGAGCUGUUCUUUAGUUGCAAUAUCCUGCAGAAGAGCCUUUAGCAUCACUGGUUCAUAAACUCUUUGCUUGUUGUUGAGGAGCACAAGAUCGAAAGCAGCAAAUGUUUCCGGUCAGACAGCCUUGGCUUUGCAAAGCCCUAGGUUGUUAUGAUUGCUGUAUCCGCUGCCUGGGGGCAGUGCCCUACCCCUCCCUGGUGGCCACUCUGCUCUGCUUCACCGGCAUGGCACUGUUCUGUGGCUGUGGGCACGAGGCACUGGCCAACACAGAGGUUCUCGCCGAGACUUACUUCGCUCGUAACAUACAAGACUAUGUUGUCCUGGCCUCGUUUAUCAAGUACUUCCAGUACGUGAUCUAUGGCCUGGCCUCUUUCUUCUUCCUUUACUGCAUCCUGCUGCUGGCUGAGGGAUUCUACACCACCAGUGCCGUCAAGCAGACCUUCGGAGAGUUCCGGAGCACCAGAUGUGGCCGCUGCCUUAGUCUGACGUUCAUCAUUGUGACAUACGUCCUGGCAGUGAUCUGGCUGGCGGUGUUUGCCUUUACAGCCAUACCCGUCUUCUUCUUCUUCAACAUGGCACAGACCUGCCACACCAUCAACAUCCUAGCUGAGACGACACCCAGCAUCAACCAGCAUGGCUGGAUCUGCAUGGAUGCCCGGCAGUAUGGACUGCUGCCCUGGAAUGCAAUGCCAGGGAAGGCUUGUGGAAUGACCUUGGCAUCCAUUUGCAAAACAAAAGAGUUCUUCAUCACCUAUGACCUAUAUAUCGCUGCCUUUGCUGGUGCAGGGAUCGCUCUCUUGGCUCUGUUUAUGUAUGUGGUAGCCACCACAUAUAACUAUGCAGUCCUGCGGUUCCUGGGCAGGAAAGGGCUGCGCUGUUAAAAUCUGUGCCCUUUCACGUCUCCAUCACCCCAUAGACUGGGCCUGACGGGCGCAGUUACACAUCACACCACUGAACUCCAUCUAUCCCCUGUGAGACACACCUGCAACCUGGAUCCCCUACCUACUGCUGGCUGCUUCCCUGGAGGGCUCCAAUUACUGACACAUGGUUCAUCUGACCAUCUGGUUUAUCACCUCAGCCUAGCCUCAGAGCCAUACUUUAUGUAUUUCUGAGCACCUCCAAGACGUAUGAUACCUACUAAUGGUCUAGUUACUUUAGACAGAAACUAAAGUAGGGAGGUUGGUCAAAGAAGAGGGGUGGGCUCAAUCCAUGACUGUAUGAUAUUGUACGACCGCUAUUCCAUUCAUAACAUAACCCAAUGUAACGUAAUAUAUCAUGCUAAAUGGAGUGUCAAAGAUUUACGCUGAGAAUAAUACAGAUUGCCCUGAGACCACGUUGGGUCGUUAGAACUUUAAGCCCCUCCCCCUG